AUGACAAAAUCGUUUGAAAUUGUGUUUGCCGUUCCUAUGGAAUGUCAAUCAUGUGUUGAUGCCGUAUCUCAGUCAUUGAAAUCAUUGAACGGUGUAUCUAAAUUCGAUAUUGAUUUGAAAUCAAAUAUAGUCACCACAGAAGGAUCGGUUCCACCAUCCGAAAUCGUGAAAGCUAUACAGAGUACCGGAAAGGAUGCUAUCAUACGUGGUACAGGAAAGCCUAAUUCUGCGGCUGUGUGUAUUUUGGAGUCGUUUGAUCCAAAAGACUACCAACAACCGGUUAAAGGUUUGGCAAGAAUUGUGAGCGUCGGUGACAACGACCUAGUUGUCGAUUUAACCGUCAAUGGUUUGCCUAAAGGGACAUACUACCCGUCUAUCCGUAAAUCGGGCAAUUUGUCCAAAGGUGCAUUGUCUACUGGUGGGUGUUUCUACCCGUUAGCUCCCUUAGAUGUUGAUCAACCUGCUUCUGAAUCUACUGUCAUAAAUUCGCUUGGUGCUGCAUCUCAUACUUCCGAAGAAGGUCCAUUGUAUGCUGGUCAAGGCUUUCUACAUGCAAACUUGAAUAUAUCUGACUUAAUCGGCAGGAGCGUCAUCUUAUCCAAGUUGAAAGACGAAACUGCUCCCGACUCAUUAUGUGGAGUCAUCGCCCGCAGUGCUGGUGCUUGGGAGAAUGAUAAACAAGUUUGUAGUUGUUCAGGUAAAACCGUUUGGCAGGAGAGAUCUGAUGCUCUUGCUAAAGGCUUAAAAGUGUAA